AACCCCCGGGGCCGCCGCCGGGUGCGGGCGUCCUUCGUGGAUGAGUCGCUGUUCGGCCGGCCCGCCGGGGCCCGCCCGCCGCCGCCCGCCUUCCCGCCGCCCUGGGCGGCUCCGGCCGCUCCCUCCGCCGGCGGCUCCCGGCCCGGCAGCCAGUGCAGGUCCCGAAGCCACGCUCCGUCCUUCUGUGACGAGUCCCUGUUUGGUGCCAAGCCCCAGGGUCCUGCCUGGGCAGCUCCGCGGAUGAGGAAGGAAGAUGUAGCCAAGCUCCAUUCGCUGCUCUGGAGCCCCCCGCCUGCCCCCCGGAGCCAGCCUGGCCUGUCCCCACGCUGCAGGGGCACUCCCCUGCGAGCCGUGCCCCCGCCGGCCCCCGCGCCCCCGGCCGCAGCUGAGCCCUGCCGCAAGGAGAGCUCGUGUGGCUGCAGGCAUCCCAGGAGCGAUGGGAGCCCCGCAGGCUGGGCUGCUCCUGGCAGAGGGCGCUCCCAGUCUGUCAGCCGGCUGAGCACCCCCCCGGACAGGAUUCACCUUUCUUCCAGCCUCGGCACAGAAAGGUGGAAGAACCAGAGUGCUCCAACAACCCCUGCUGCCCCCCAGGGCCCUCUGGUGAGGGGUCGGUCCAACAGCGUGUCCGGAUCUCCUGUGCCCAAGAAUGCCAAGGCAGCAGGUGGCUGCACAGCCAGACCCCCCUGGAAGUGAUGCCAAGUGUCCCUCUGGAUGUACAUACAGCCUUAGUCUACCUGAGACCUCGUUGUGACCAAGCCCACGAGGACCCUGGGCCUUUCCGUGGCUGGAAAUGAAGGAUGGGGCUGUUCCAUGCUGGAAGACAAGCCAGGAGCCUGAGGUGACCACAGUGCUGGGAGCAGCGGCCUCCUGGUUCAGGGCACACCCCCGUGGCACCAAAGCGGGACAGCCUUGGUGGGAGCAGCUGCUUCCCGUGAUGUCCAGGGGCUGUCACAGGAGGUUCCUGCUGUCUGGGAAAUCCAGCCAGGAGGUCGGAGCAGCAGGAGACAGGAGUGCCCCCGGUGCAGUCCAGGGCCCGUCCAGGCACAGGUACUGAGAGGCUGCUGAGGCCCUCCCAAAGGUUCCCUUCUCCAGGAAAUGAGCUCCAUUCCCUCUGCCUGGCUGCACAGGAUGUGCCUUGGUGUCUCCCUGCUGUCCUUGCUUUGUGCCACCAACACCUUAUGGACUCCUCUGACAAAGCAGGACAAGGGAGGACGAGCACAGAGGUGAGGAAAGCACUGCCCUGCAUCCUGCUGGCAGUGGGAUGGCCCCAGGCUGGAUGGGGUUAGUGACAGAGAAGGAUCUGCCCAGGGAUUUUGGCAGCUUGUGGUGUGAGGAGGUGCUGAGUAGAUCCAUAAUUGUGUGGCUGAGGGCUGUGAGGUGCUCACAGCAGUGCCACCGUGUCACCAAGUAAGUGCUCCGAGACAAAUCUGAGAUCUGUGGGAUGCUGCUGAGUGAUGUGGGCAUCUCCAAAGCUCCUCCACUUCCUUUGCUGAGGUGGGAAAGAGCAGCUCUGUGUGUAUGAAGGUGGAUAAAGGGCAUGGGGUGGGUGAUGUGGGGUUUGCAGGCACUGCUCCCUGGGGAGGGAGGCUGCAGUGAGAGCUGCUGAGGUUACUGGGAGUUUGGUAACUCCCAUGCCCAGGGAAACACUCACAUUCACCCAAGGACAGCCAGGCCAGGUUAGGAGCAUCAUUCUGUCCCAGAAAUGAUUUUAUUGCACCUUGAGCAGCAGCAGGAUUGGGCCUUGACCCACUCCAGCAGGUGGAGCUGGAGGCAGCCAGGAGCCUGCACUGAGGAGAAUUUCUGCUCAUUUCUGGGCCUGACAGGAAGCAAGAAUAACCUGACGUUAUUAAAACACGAGAAGGUGAGUGAGGAUGCUGUGAUUCACUCCAAGCUCUCAGAUCUCUCCUCGUGCUUCCCACUGAGGCAAUCCAGCAGCUCUUCUCCAGCUGGGGUAAAACUGGGGGGACAGGAAACAACUGAGGCCUUCUCAGAGGAGGGGCUGGCGGUGCUGGUGUCAGUCCCAGCCUGAUCAGCUGUGUUUGUGGGCACAGUGAGUGCAGGCUGUGGAGGCUGCAGGUCUCACUGGGCUGGGAGAGAGUCCCGAUGUGAUUUGGACACUAGAUGGAGACAAGAGGGUUGAGGAUUGACACGGAGCAGGACUGCUGUUCCAGCAGCAGGUGGGAGAGCCAGCGAGGGGAGUCCUCAGCAAACUGGGAAACUGCCCUGGAAUCUGAGCAGCAGAGAACUGAGCCAGUGUGAUCCUGGAGAGCUGGAGUCCUUGAAAGAGGAAGCCUCUUAAAAUAAGGAGAGAUUUUAUCUGAAAAUCAAGUUAACAGUGGCAUGUGUGGCCAGGAUUGGCCACUUUACCCCCACUGCUGUGCUUGGGGUCCAAGGAAUCAGUGGGGGAAACUAGAGCCCAUCUCAUCAGCCACACUUUCCUGUCCCACACUGGCCCAGGUUGUCACCAAGGCCUUCCAGGAGGUCAGAACUGGUACUUCCGUGCUAUUUACACAUGAGGACGAUGUUGGUUAAGUAUAAAUGUGUUGUUUGCAUUUUGUUCCAUGAUUCUCUCUCAGAUUGGUGCUUUACUGUUGCCCUGUCCUCUUGUUGUGCCAGAGCUAUGCAGCCCAGCACGAGAGCAAAAGCUGCUCUGUUGCUGCUGGAGCUGGUGCUCACGUGGAAGAAAACCCACAUUAAAUCUGAAUGAAAUGAGGUGGGGGAAGUGUUCAGUUGUUUCCUCCCUGCAGAUCCGGCCUGUCCAGCGUCACUGGUGUCAGCUCGGGCCAGAGUUGUUGAUACAGAGGCCUGAACCAGGGGAUCCUCCCUGCUGCUGCUCUCAUUAUUCUGCCUGCUCAGCACUGACAUCAGUCUCACCCUCCA